CAGCAGGUGGAGAGUCAGAGUCCAGGGAGGGUGUGUGUGUGGAAGGGGGGCAGAGCAGGGAGAGAGUUCAGCAUCCUGACAGCCUGGUGGAUAAAGCUGUCCCUCAGUCUGCUGGUCCUGGCCUGCAGGCUCCGCAGCCUCCUCCCUGAUGGCAGCAGGGUGAAGAGACUGUGUGACGGGUGGGUGGGGUCUCUCGCAAUGCAGAGAGCUUUGCGGGUGAGGCGAGAGGUGUAGAGGUCUUGGAUGGAGGGGAGAGAGGCACCGAUGAUCCUCUCUGCUGCUUUCACGGUGCGCUGGAGGGUCCUUCUACAGGAGGCGGAGCAGGCGCCCUACCACACGGUGAUGCCGCUGGUCAGCACACUCUCGAUUGUUCCCCUGUAGAAGGUGCGCAGGAUGGGGGCCGGGGCUCUCGCUUUCCUCAGUUUCCGGAGGAAGUAGAGGCGCUGGUUUGCCUUCUUGGCCAGUGAUGUGGUGUUGGUGGUCCAGGAGAGGUCCUCAGUGACGUGCACACCCAGGAACUUGGUGCUGCUCACCCUCUCCACCGUAGCACCGUUGAUGGUCAGGGGUGCAUGCUGGGGGCGUGUCCUCCUGAAGUCCACAACAAUCUCCUUUGUCUUCUCCACGUUCAGGGAGAGAUUGUUGUGGUCACACCACUUAUUGCAUACUUAUGCUCAGCCAAUCUUGCCUUCAAUUUACACUUUGUUCUCCCAAUAUAAAAAUGACCACAUGGACAUUCAAGUCUAUAAACAACAUAUGAGGUACUGCAAUUGAUAAAUGAAUUUAUGUCAAACUUACGACCAGAUGUAAUGUCAGUAAAGUAGUUGGUGUUUAUCAUAUUAUUGCAGUGAUUACAAUGUCCACACUUGUAGUUGCCUUUUCUGGUGGAGAGCCAGGUUUUUUGUUGCUUAGGGGGAUGAUGGCUUUUAACAAGUUUGUCAUUUAGGGUUGGAGCUCUUCUGAAGUUGACUGGAUCCCCAAACGGAAGAGCACCAGAGGGACACCUUUUUCUACACACAAGUAGCAUGGUGUCUGGUUUAAAAACUUUCUCUUAUGUUAUGAAAAUAGCUCAGUGAAAUUUCUGAAGAAUUGUCUGAAAACAGUUGGAGUUAAAACAGUGCUGACCACUGAUUGGUCAGUCUGUACAACCAGGGUCAUGUUUCUGUGUUUGAAUCAUCUCUGCCAGCAGAGCAGAGAAUAAAAAGGUUAGCAGUUUGUGUAUGUUGUCAGUACAGGUCGCAGUGUGUCGGAUCAUCAGUGCAGCAGCUUCUCAACAGUUCAGACUGGUCUUCCCUGAUGUUUCCCAGCUGAUGGAAGUCUGGCUGGUUUUCCGUCAGGUGAUAACACUGCCUGUCUUUAGCAGGGAGCCACGAUGACACCAGAGGACAUUUUCAACACUCUGGAGGAUCUAAAAGUUGAUGAAUUCAAGGAUUUCAAAUGGUAUCUGAAGCUGCCUGACAUCCUGGAAGGCUACCAACCCAUCAAACAGUCCAGGCUGGAGACAGCAGAAAGACGGGACACAGUGGACCUGAUGGUGAACACCUUUACACUUGAUGGAGCUCUGAUGGUGACCAAGAAGAUUUUAGAGAAGAUCAAGAGGAAUGACCUGGUGCAGAGUCUGUCAGCCAACAGCUCAGGACCAGAAGUGUCAGUGAGUGUCGGUGAUGUUGGAGAGACUCCAGAGAACAGAGGACCUUCUUCCUCUCAGAGUGAAGGUUACAGUCCGAGCAGGGACAAUGCCGUCAACACAGAUAUCACCAAUAAUAUCACAGACCGACCUCCAAACAGAACAGAUGAGACCACUGAUGUUUCUACUAAAACCAAAGCUGAAACUCAAGUGGGAAGCACAACAGUCACAGCACAGACUGGAAGUGUCAUCUACAACCCUCAUAUGACUGGUGUCAACACUGGAGGAGACAUUAUCACCAAUACCACCACUAACAACACAGACCGACCUCCAAACAGAACAGAUGAGACCACUGAUGUUUCUACUAAAACCAAAGGAAACAUACAAAAGUGCCAAGCUGAUCUAAAAUCUUAUCUUAAAUCUCAAACUCCGGAUCUGUUUCAAGGAACACAGGAAGAUGGAUCAUCAACUCCUUUAGACAAGAUCUAUACAGAGCUUUACAUCACAGAGGGAGACAGUGGGGAGGUUAAUAGUGAACACGAAGUUGUUGAAUUUGAAUGUAAAAGGAGUUCAAGUGAGCAGAAGAAAAUUGACCUCAAUGACAUUUUUAAACCGUUAUCAAACGAAGAAAAACCUCCCAAGAGAGUUCUGACCAAGGGAAAUGCUGGGAUUGGAAAAACUGUUGCCGUGCAGAAAUUCACUCAUGACUGGGCGACUGGAAAAGUCAACCAGACUACUGACUUCAUAUUUCCAUUCACGUUCAGAGAGUUAAAUUUAAUAAAAGAUAAGAUGAGUCUUAAAGAGUUAAUAUGUUGCUAUUUUGAGGAAGUGAGGGAUUUAGAAACCUCAGACUACAACAAUUCAAAUAUUCUGUUCAUCCUUGAUGGUCUGGAUGAAAGCAAAUUGCCUCUGGACUUUGUUAAAAAUGAGAUGUGCCGGAGUAUUACAGACACUACAACAUUAGACUGCCUACUCACCAACUUAAUCAAAGGGAAACUGCUCCACAACGCCUCAGUCUGGAUCACAAGUAGACCAGCAGCAGCCACUAAGAUUCCCUCCGAGUUCAUCCACAGGGUGACUGAGGUUCAAGGCUUUAAUGAUGAGCAAAAGGAGGAUUACUUUCAGAAGAAAGUCCAUGACAAGGGUAUGGCUCAGAAGAUCCUCAAUCAUCUUCAGUCAAAAGCGUUAAGAAGUCUUUACAUCAUGUGCCACAUCCCAAUCUUCUGUUGGAUUUCAGCCACUGUGCUCCUGAGUCUCCUCACAGAAACUCCUGAAAGUGAGUUGCCAAAGACUGUGACUGAACUGUACACACACUUCCUGAUCAUCCAGACCAAACGUAAAAAUAAGAAGGAUUAUCAGAACGAUGAAACAGACAAAGAUAUGAUCAUGAAAUUAGGUAAGCUGGCAUUUGAACAGCUGCAGAGGGGCAACGUAGUACUCUAUGAAGAUGACUUGAAAAGUCAGAUUGACCUGACAGAAGCUGCUGUUUAUUCAGGAGUUUGUACACAGCUCACAAGAACAGAAUAUGGUCUUCACAAACAAGUGAUGUACUCUUUCAUACAUUUAACUGUUCAGGAGUUUCUUGCAGCUCUGUAUGUGUUAGAAACCUUCACAGAUAGCAGAAAGAAUCUGCUUUCCAGCAAGACAAGUUGGUGGCGUAGGUCAUCAGAGAGUCAACUUGCCUUCCUCCAUAAGAAGGCAGUGGAUAUGGCUUUGGUCGACGAACAUGGACGAUGGGACUUGUUCCUGCGCUUCCUGCUGGGUCUUUCACAGGAAAAGAAUCAGGAGCUUCUUCAGAGAGAAUUUAAAUUUACAAGAUGUCCAGGGAAUGACCAGAAGACAAUUAGCUACAUUCACGGGGAAAUCAAGAAUCUGUCCCGUGAUAACAAGGUCAUCAAUCUGUUCCACUGUUUAAAUGAGUUGGGUGACCAGUCUCUGGUAGAGCAAGUCCAACAGUACCAUAACUCAGGAGACGUUGGUGAAAUCUCACCUGCACAUUGGUCAGCUAUGGCAUUUCUGCUGCUCAGUUCCAAUGAAGACCUGGAUGUCUUUGACCUGAAAAAAUACUCCAGAUCAGAUGAAGUUCUGGAGAGGCUGCUGCCUGUGCUCAAAGUAUCAAAGACAGCUUUGUUAAGUAACUGUAACCUCACGGACAGAUGUUGUAAGCAUAUUUCAUCAGCUCUCAGCUCCCAGUCAUCUAGUUUGAUAGAGCUUGACCUGAGUAACAAUGACCUGCAGGAUUCAGGAGUGAAGAAGCUGUCUGUUGGACUGAAGAAUCCACACUGUAAACUGGAGACUCUCAGCCAUGCUCUGAGAUCCAACCCCUCCCAUCUGAGAGAGCUGGAUCUGAGCUACAAUCAUCCAGGAUACUCAGGAGUGAAGCUGCUGUUGGAGGGACUCGAGGAUCCAGAUUGGAGACUGAACACUCUCGGGGUGGAACAUGGUGGAGAGCAGUGGCUGAAACCUGGUGGUCUGAUGAAGUAUGUCUGUGAACUCACAGUGGACACAAACACAGUAAACACAAACCUCAAACUGUCUGACAACAACAGGAAGGUGACACAUGUGUCAGAGGAGCAGCCAUAUCCUGAUCAUCCAGAGAGGUUUGAGGACUGUUGUCAGCUGCUGUGCAGAAAUGGUCUGACUGGUCGCUGUUACUGGGAGGUCGAGUGGAGAGGAGGGGUUGAUAUAUCAGUGAGUUACAGGGGAAUCAGCAGGAAAGGAAACAGAGAUGACUGUUUGUUUGGAGGGAAUAAUCAGUCCUGGAGUCUGGAGUGCUCUGAUGGUGGCAGUUACUGUGUCUGGCACAAUAACAAAAGAACAGACCUCCCCUCCUCCUCCUCCUCCUCCUCCUCCUUCUUCUCCUCCUCCUCUGUCUCUAACAGAGUAGCAGUGUAUAUGGACUGUCCUGCUGGCUCUCUGUCCUUCUACAGAGUCUCUGACUCUCUGAUCCACCUCCACACCUUCAACACCACAUUCACUCAACCUCUUUAUCCUGGAUUUGGGUUUUGGUUCUGGUCAUUGGGUUCCUCAGUGUCUCUGUAGGACACACCCACACACCCACACACACACACACACACACACACACACACACACACACACACACACACACACAAACAGUUGUUGUGUUUCUUCUCGGUCAAUGUGCUGCACAUCAGUGGUUUUAAAUCUCUUUAAAUGUGUUUUGAACCUCUACCUUAAAUCUUGCUGAUUUACAGGAUUCCACUCUGAUGAGUUUGGUAGUAACUUUUAACACAAUGAUAUAAUGUCAGUAUAACAUGAGUGUAUCUGAUAGUAACCAGUAUGAUUUGCUAAUGAUUUGACUUCUCUUAUCUUGUAUUAUUGUAGAUGUGCUCCUCUGUUAUAUAAUGCCUAGCUACAGAUAUGAACAUGUUUAUUAGUUAUGUUUUUUUACUCUUGUGGAAUUGAAUAUGGAAUUUCCUGAGAAUGUGUCCAAGGGGCAGAAGGUAAAUAGUGAACAAGAGGACAGAGCCCUGGGGAACACCGCUGGAGACUGGAGAGGAGCAGGAUCUUAGGUUCUCGAGUUGAACAAAUUGUGUGCGACCAGUGAGAUAUGAUUCCAGCCAAGCCAGAGGGACGUCAGUGAUUCCAGUGGAGGCCAGCCUGUCCGGGAGGAUGUCAUGAUGACAGUGUUGAAGACUGUGCUGAGAGAGAACCGGGAUGGAGAGUAAACCAGAGUCAGAUGCCAUCAAAAGGUCAUUUAUGAUUUUCACCAGGGCUGUCUCAGUGCUUUUCCCUCAUAUAAGUUGCCAAAGACAGUAACAGUUACGUUACUUUUGUUUGGUCAUGUAAUGUUGCUUUGUGGGACAUUUCUCUGUUUUUAGUUGAGUGAAGGACCUGUGCAGUUAUCACACUGUCAGGUCGACACGGCCUUGAUACGUGCAGCUGGCUUAUCCAUUCACACUGGUUCAGUUCACCAAUACUGCACCUCUGAUACUAC